UGAUAUGUUCGUCGUCGCGCAUCUCUACGCGAAGUUGUUUAUGAAAUCGAGAUCACGCGCGUACAGCGAAAGCUACGACACUCGAGUUUCUUGGACGAUUCACGAGAAUGGAUAUUCGCGAAAACAAGUCGCGUGUGAAAGAUGCGCGUGAGGCUCGGAACGGUCGCUGGCGAUUUGAUUAACAUCAAAUACACUGGACUUUCCACUCUCGAGCUUCCCUUGCGAACGCUUUUACACGUCUCGUGGCUAAUUUUUCAUCGUAUCACUUUUGUAUAUUAUGUUUAAAUCGAUGAUUCUCUACGAAGAUCUCGCGGCCGUUUGAUUAUGCUGAUGCAAAUUUUGUGUUCCAAUGUCGAGCAGCGAAAUGGACUAUUCGGAUUCAGACUGCGCUGAUCCAGGUUAUGAGGAUUAUUAUAAUGUUCAACCAUGGGGCAGUGAUGUAGAUAACGACGUGGAUCCUGAGCAAAAUAGAAGAGAUCCGGAAUACGCGGUAUAUGACUGUUUACGGGUCGACGAAGUGGAACGGCUCUUGAACGAAAAUGUAGAGGUGUUAAGUACUAGCCUUCACAUAACACCAUCCCUAGCCAAAGUGUUAUUACAUGCGCACAAUUGGGCGUUAUCAGAAAUUGUCACAAAGUACCGUACCAAUGCUUCCAGUUUAUUGAUUAGUUCAAAGAUUAAACCAUUACCUACCCCAGAACAAGUGCCAGUAUCGAAAUGUCAGAGGGGUGUAUGCUCGAUUUGUGUUAUGAUCUUUCCUGCGGAUAGGUUUUCUACACUUACAUGUGGACAUUCAUUUUGUAAAGACUGUUGGUGUAUGCAUUUCGAAGUACAAAUAACACAAGGUAUAUCCACUGGUAUAAGUUGCAUGGCGCAUGACUGCGAUGUCUUAGCUCCAGAGGAUUUUGUUCUUUCCAUACUCACUAAGCCUAACAUGAGAGAAAGGUACCAGCAGUUUGCGUUUUGUGAUUAUGUCAAGUCUCAUCCUCAACUUCGUUUCUGCCCUGGCCCAAAUUGCCAAAUAGUUUUGCGCUCGAAGGAACAGCGAGCGAAAAGAGUCAUGUGUUCAUCAUGCAAAACUGUAUUCUGCUUCCGAUGUGGUAUGGAUUAUCACGCACCUACCGAUUGCGGUACAAUAAAAAAAUGGUUGACAAAAUGCGCGGAUGACUCUGAAACUGCUAAUUACAUCAGCGCUCAUACCAAAGAUUGUCCAAAAUGUCAUAUUUGCAUAGAGAAAAACGGUGGUUGUAAUCAUAUGCAAUGUUACAAUUGCAAGCACGAUUUCUGUUGGAUGUGCCUUGGGGAUUGGAAAGCACACGGCAGCGAAUAUUACGAAUGUUCUCGAUAUAAAGAGAAUCCUAACAUUGCUCACGAAAGUGUGCAUGCACAAGCAAGAGAAGCUCUUAAGAAGUAUCUUCACUACUACGAGAGAUGGGAAAACCACAGCAAAUCGUUAAAGUUAGAGGAACAAACGUUAGAGGGUAUUAAGAUGAGGAUCAAUAAGAAAGUGAUGAAUGCCAGCGGGACUUGGAUAGACUGGCAACACCUGUUCGAGGCCGCGUCGCUUUUAGCGCGUUGCCGUUACACUUUGCAAUACACGUAUCCGUACGCGUACUAUAUGGAGCCUGGACCUCGCAAAGAAUUGUUUGAGUAUCAGCAAGCACAAUUAGAAGCGGAGAUCGAGAACCUUUCGUGGAAAAUUGAGCGGGCGGAGACGACGGAUCGAGGUGACUUAGAAAAUCAGAUGGAUAUCGCAGAAAAACGCCGCGUCACUUUGCUAAAGGAUUUCCUCGAAGUUUAAUUCAGACGUGUAUGUCGGACGUCACGCUCCCGGAUUUAAUCAUGUGUGACUAUGUUUCGUUCGCAGUCACGAAAUAUAUAAAAUCCUACGUCUCUUUCUUUUUGUAAGAACGGAUGUGUCUCAUGUGUUCCAACGUAAUGAUCUUAAUAAUUAAACAAAUUGACUCUCGUGUAUUCGAGAGUUUCGCGAGAUGCAAGAAAUUCAGCCCAAAAAUGAGUUUAAGUAAUACCAAAAAAAAAAAGAAAAAAAAAAGAAGAAAAUUAGAAUAUGGGAAAAGAUGGGGAUCAUGUACGGUAUUAUUAAUUUCUUUUUCGGUACGGAAGUAUUGUUGCGAAAGCCAGUAACUACAUCGAUUAUAAUCGGCUUUUGUCUGUAGUUGUCAUGUCUAUAUGAAUAAUAAGAGGUACGGUCCUUACCGAGAGAGAAAGAGGGAGAAACUUUGACGAACAGAUUCGAACGUGGAGAUAGGAGUACUUUUAUAAGAGCCCUAUUCUCGUAUAUAAUUUUAUCUGAGUAUUAACGAUCGAGGAAAUAAAAACAUAGUGAUGCAAUGUGUUCCGAAUCGUAGCUGUUGAGCAUCAAACUUGAGAGAAAAGGUGAAGAAAAGGAUAUAUAUCGAAUUUUAGGUCUACUUAAAUUCUUGGGAAUAUUACUCAAUAUAAGGGUGAUAUCCAGAUGACAAAAGUAUUAAUUAUAUCGACUGAUUUGCGAGUGAAUGCGAGAAUUCGACAGUAUAGAACAUGUAUGAUAUUCCGUUCUUAGUUUAAGAAAGUAUUUUCGAAAGUGCGUUGCCACGGUGACACGCUUCUUUUUCCCCCCUUGAAUCUAUGUCUUGUCGAAGUAUAGUUCACGAUAUGUUCUACCGAUUUACCAACGCCGACUGCAUAGUUCGGUAAGAGACGCGAUGACGCGACGACGAUAAGAGAAUAAAGAUGAUGAGGCAUGAGAAGUGUGAUCCUCGUGGUCCACGCGCGAGAACAUACCGAUGAAUUGACUCGAUCGUGUCUCUUCACUGCUAUCUUUUUUUUCCCCAAACCUUCUUCGAAGUAUUGUUAAUAUUUAAGACACACAUAUACACACACACACACACACACGUACACACACAUACGCGCAGUGGUCAUUCGAAGAGGAAAUGGUAGCCUAAUUAAGUACUCCGGUGCCAAGGGAUGGUACCCCCCCCGCCGUGUACAUACUAAACGGAUAAGCAUGUGCUAAGGCAAAGAGAGGAAAAAUGAAACAAAACAAAUAAGCAGGAAAGAACGCGACGUUUUUCUAUAAAUUAGAUUUUAAGAGGUAUAUGCAACGAUCAAAGACAUCCGCGAGACAUACCUAGCCAUAAAAUACAAACUUACGUUUUGUAAGCUAUUAGAAAAAAAAAGGAAGAUAAAGAUGGAAGGACAAUUCGCGAUUGAAACCGGGGAAGGAAACUGUCUCUUUUCUCGCGACACGAAAGAAUGAACAGGCGUAUGGAUAUUUAUCGAUGAUUCCGAGUUAAAACAAGAUCGGUCUCAGUAAAA